AUGGACGCUUCCUAUUACUCCCCGCUUACAAAGCUCUACCAGGGGCAUCUCCAGCAGCCGUCGCUGACCCUGGAUCUUCCGCUGCUUCACGCUGCGCGCCCGCACGCUCUGCCUCCGUCGCUUCUGGUGCCCACGCACACCUUUGCGCUUCCUCAGGCGAAGUCCUCGGCGCGGAGCUCUCUGCCGCCUUCGUCGCGGUCUUCACACGUUCUCGACUGCUCGUUUGUGCCAGGGCACCCGUCGCUGCUGGUUUGCUCCACUGCGCCCGCCGGCCUCGUUGUUUCCGUGGACCUCGCGACAGGCCAAGCUGUCCAGAGCUUCCUGUUGCCUCCGCUCGCGGAGCCGCGCCUUGACGGGCUGUGCAGCGGCGUCGACCCCGCCGUCCCCCUUCCCUCCCUCGCCCGGCCGGCGCCCUCUGCGGCCUCGCUGUCUUGCGCGCAGAUGCAUGGCGACCCUUCGUCGCCUCUCCUCUUCCUGGGAACCUCCGCCGGAGACAUUUUCGCCUACGACUUGCGCUUCGCUGGGCGUGGAGGCCCGAGGGAUACGCGGGGGUGCCCAACGCUCCACUUGGAGGGCGCACACGACGGCAUCGUCUCGGCUGUGCGAGCGGGGGGCGGCGCUAACACUCUGUGCGCCCGCUCGACGGCGCUCCCCAGCCACGUCCUGAUCUCCGGAGGCCUGCAGGACAACUGGAUUCGGCUCUUCGACCUGCGCUUUCCGUUCCACUACAGCUCCGGCCCCCGCCGACGGGAGGCGCGGGCGCGGCUGGGGCGAGGCCGCGCGAAAACGGCGAGCGCUGCCGGCUCAGGGAGACUGAGAGCCGGGGGACGCGAGGCCGCGUCCCGUACCCGACGGACGCCAUUCAACUCAAUCCCGCUUGCCGCGCCUCCGGAGCCGAGAGAAACGUAUUCUUUUCCCCCUCGUUCUCGUCGAGGCGGCAGCGCCUCCGCACACGCAGGCGGGCGGGCGACGCGGGGGAGGACGAGCCCCACGUACCCGCUCACGGGUCACUGGAGGUGGCUCAGCCAGAGGCGCUCGUCGGCGACUGUUCACUGA